AUGAGGGGCCAGAAAGUAAUGGAUACCUUUUACGACCGGUUGAAGGAGACUUGGAGCUACCACACGCAUCAUCCGGGACUGCCGGUGACAUUCGGACCGAACUUGGAGGCAGAGACGGAGGUGAAGGUGCAGUUCUCCGGAGAAGAGCUCUACGGCAAGUUCUUCGACCUGCACGGCAUGUUCGUUAGGUGGGUCAACCUUCCUCAGUGCAAGGACAAGCAGCUGGACUACUCGCAGUUCCUACAGGCCUUGGGAAGGUUCGAGGACAUCCCGGAGCAAGAAAAGCUUCGCGGGAAGGCCUAUGCGGGUUUCUUGGCGGACCUGAGGGAGUACCUGGGCGGCUUCCUCACUCGCACACAGCCUCUCGUCGACCUCGACGAGGUGCUGGGUGACACGGACAGCGCUUUCGAGGAGGCCUGGGAGGCGGGGACGUUGCCAGGGUGGACAUCUGGGCGAGCGGCGGCGGCAGCAGCAGCAGCAGCAGCAGCGGGGAAAGGCAGCGCGGCGGCCCCGCGGGUGCUGGACUUGAAAAAGUUCCACGACGCGGACGAGCUGCGCGCUUUGGGCAUGGAUCGCCUAAAGGAAGCUCUGCAAGCCAUCGGACUCAAGUGCGGCGGUACCCUGGAGCAGAGAGCGGAUCGGCUCUUUUCUGUCAAGGGGAAGAAGCCGGAGGAGAUCGACCAGAAACUCAAGGCUAAGGGACAAAAGGAGGGGAAGGGCGUGAGCAACGGAGUGGCGCCGGGGCACGGCGCGGACGCAAACGCGAACGGGACCGCUGGGGGGGCGGGGGGCGGCGGUGGGAAGGAAGAGCGGCGCAAACAGCUCGCUGCCCUAGAGACAAAGGUAAAAGCACUUCUAGAGGUACAGACGGACACACUAGAGUCGACGAAGCGGCAGGUGGACAAGAAGCAAACUAGGACGGUGGAGGAGCGCGACCAGGAGAUCCAGGAGGAGGAGCAGGGAGCUCUCCCCGAGUUCAACGAGGAGGAAGAAGAGGAGAGCGAUGAGGAAGGGCCCAUCUACAACCCUCUCAAUCUCCCGCUCGGGUGGGAUGGAAAACCUAUUCCUUACUGGCUCUACAAGCUUCACGGGCUCGGGGUGGAGUUCAAGUGCGAGAUCUGCGGCGAUUUCAGCUACAAGGGCCGGAGGAAUUUCGACCGGCACUUCCAAGAAUGGCGUCACGCGCACGGCAUGCGAUGCUUGGGCAUCCCGAAUACGAAGCACUUCCACGACAUCGUCCUUAUCCAGGUGGGGCGGCAGGCAGAACAAUUGUUUGGUAGAGAUAUCUGCCAGCUCUUCUGAUGUGCGUUGUGUGUUGCCCUUGAACGGUGCUGGUCAUGUUCGACUCAAUCACGGCACCUUGAUGGUGGCAACACUGGAACGCAGUGUUGCCGUGAACAGCAGGACUUCGCCUUUCUUGCGGCAUCACUCUUUGAAAACUUGACGUAGAAACGAUGACAGUUUCGUGUAUCAGUGUGGGCAGCUUG